AGCAAUUGGUAAUCAGUACCCCCACCCUGUUCUCAAUUGCUCAGAGACAAAAAAGCCUGCAAAGACCACUGCUAACCCACCUGCUAGAGAAACCAGGGAAAUAGGACACCCUGCAAAGUGUGGUAAAGUGUGGAGGACCCCUAGGAGUCCUUGAUAAAAGAUAGCCAUGAACAACCAAUCUAAGUUACCACAUUACACAGCCCAAAGCAGCCCUGCAAUGGGUAUGUUUAAUACCUCCAUGGGAAAGCUGCAGCAACAAUUGUACAAGGGGGAGUAUACUAUAUUCAAGUAUGCCCCAAUGUUUGAGAGUGACUUUAUACAGGUCAGCAAAAAAGGAGAAGUGAUUGACGUGCACAACCGUGCCCAAAUGGUGACUGUGGGCAUUGUUCGCACUAGCCCCCACCUCACACUACCUGAUGUCAUGCUGCUGGCCCGACCAGCUGCUAUCUGUGAUGACUAUAACAGAUAUGGCCCUGCCACGCAGGAAAAAGUUUACAAGCCUACACAGAUCUUAGAGCUAACCAGACUGUUUCCCUUGAAGUUUGUAACAAUAUCUAUCCAUAAUGGUAAAAAACAACAGCUCUGCCUGAAGCUUGCCACUGGCCGCUCUUUUUACCUUCAGUUGUGUCCCCCUUCUAAUACAAAAGAUCUUUUUGUUUAUUGGGAAAACCUUGUUUGCAUUCUGAGACCACCAGUUGAGGCUUACAGAGGUUCCCAGGCCAUCCCAGUUGGAGACACACUGGACAUAACCGGGUUUGAAGAGGAGGACAAGAGCCCAGGGGCAAAUGUCCUUCAUUUCUAUGGAAGGAAUCAAGAUCAAGUUGACAUCAGGAGUCUUCACAUGAACCCUGAAUUGUUUGGGGCCACCCCUUACGGUUAUGCUGGGGAGGAAUGAAUUCAUCGUGCCUCCCACACAUACUGCCUUCAAGAGUUCACACACUUCUGAAGCCACAAAGCCUACAGUAUCAGAUAAAAGGGCAGGGAUGGUGACAGGAGCAGCCGUCACAGAUCCAGGAAGAAGCACAGCUAGAAUGGCCAUAGUGGGAGCAUUCAACAUGUCUUAUUAUUGUUGUUAGCCAGGGCUGCAAGCCCUUCUUCUACUCAGAGGUUACUUCCAACACCUCAGUAGAAGCUACUGGCCUCUUCCCAGAGGGCAACAUAAAUAUGGUGAUUCCAAGAGCAGAAAUACUGCCAAGCCCAUUGCAAAAACAGCUAACAGCUCAGUAUCGGGACCCCUUACUACAACUUCAGAGAGUGAAGGCUACAUGAGUGAACAGGAUGGAAGCCAGAGGUCUCCACCCAGCAGGACUGACUCUUCAGGAAAGAGUUUCAAAGCCCUGUAUUGCACAGA